AUGGAGUGCAUCAGUCCAGGGUGUGUGUGUGUGUGUGUGUGUGGUCCAGGUGCAGGAGGCCAGAGUGCAGAGGAGCGCCUGAUGAGCUGGUUGCUAGGGGAAGAUCGCUACAACAAGCUCAUCCGACCUGCAGCCAAUCACAGCGAGCGGGUGACCGUCAGCCUGCAGGUGUCUCUGGCACAGCUCAUCAGCGUGAAUGAAAGAGAACAGAUCAUGGUGACCAAUGUCUGGCUUACACAGAGCUGGCAGGACUUCAGACUGGUGUGGGACGCCUCUAAGUACGAAGGGAUCACCAAGCUGAGAGUUCCCUCAAAGCACUUAUGGCUUCCAGAUAUUGUCCUGUACAACAACGCUGACGGGGAGUAUGAGGUGACGGUGUACACCAACGCCAUCGUGUUCGCCAGCGGCCUGGUGUACUGGCUGCCUCCUGCCAUCUAUAAAAGCGCCUGCAGGAUCGAGGUCAAGCACUUCCCCUUCGACCGCCAGAACUGCACCCUCAAGUUCCGCUCCUGGACCUACGACCACACGGAGCUGGACCUGGUGCUCCGCACCAAGAUGGCCACCAUGGACGACUUCACGCCCAGCGGAGAGUGGGACAUCCUGGCGUUGCCGGGGAGACGCACGGUGCACCCCUCGGACCCCACCUACGUGGACAUCACCUACGACUUCCUGAUCCAGAGGAAGCCGCUGUUCUACACCAUCAACCUGAUCAUCCCGUGCGUGCUCAUCACGGCGCUCGCCAUCCUGGUGUUCUACCUGCCGUCGGACAGCGCCGAGAAGAUCACGCUCUGCAUCUCCGUGCUGCUGGCGCUCACCGUCUUCCUGCUGCUCAUCUCCAAGAUCGUGCCGCCCACCUCGCUGGACGUGCCGCUCAUCGGGAAGUAUCUGACCUUCACCCUGGUGCUGGUGACCUUCUCCAUCGUCACCAGCGUGUGUGUGCUGAACCUGCACCACCGCGCCCCCAGCACACACACCAUGCCCCGCUGGGUCCAGCAGGUGUUCCUGGUCAGCCUCCCCGCUCUGCUCUUCAUGAGGCGUCCCCAGAACCAGUCCGCUCAGCAGCGGCUCCGCAGGUGUCGGGCCCGAGGGCAGCAGGGGCAACAGGGGCAUCAGGGGCAUCAGCCCGCCGCAGGGCCCAGGAUGGAGGAGGACUCGUGGGACUCGGCGAGCGCCACCACCGCCUCCACCUCGUCCUUCGACUCGCGCGGAUCCAGCUCUGAGGUGGACGCUCCGUCGGACCCUGCUUACGGGUUUAAACACGACGACGCGCAGAGAUCCUCAGGGCUGUUGGGAGAACAGCGAGGAGAAGCGGAGCAGAACCCUGCCGUGGAGAGAGCCCUGCAUGGCCUGGAGUUCAUCUCUCAGCGCCUGGUGGGGGAGGAGGAGGACCAGAUGGUCAUCGAGGACUGGAAGUUUGUGGCCAUGGUGGUGGACCGGCUCUUCCUGUGGGUCUUUGUGAUUGUGUGUGUGGCUGGAACCCUGGGCUUGUUCCUGCGUCCUGCUCUCUCUCAGCAGGACGCCAUCCCCCUCAGCUGA